CAACUGUCCGAAAAACUAGAAAAUCCAAAACUAAUAACUUCAUCUCUAUUUUAGAUCUGUUUUUGGAUAAAUAUAACCUAUCAGUUAAAUCAACCCCACUUCAAUUAUGUGCUCAUGCUGAUGAGCUUGGUAUUAUGCUACCAGAUUGGAAGGCUCGUAAAGAUAUGAAAGAAGCUCUUCACCAGCGCCUAUUCAAAGACAAUCAAAUAGAAGCUCUUCUGUGCCAAAAAAAUAAUAUAGAUGAAGCAAUUGUGGCAGCCAGUUCUUGCAUUUCGCAAUUUCGUAGAAAGUUAGCAGAAGCUGGGGUUGGUUCUGAGCAAAUUGAUAUAUAUGCCAAAUUGCCAGAA